AACUAAUAUUAUGAAAAUUCAUACUUAGUUACUGCUUUUUCUUAUAAUAACCUUUUUACUUAGAAGUACAUCAUCAUAUUAAAUCAUAAAAGUUAUCUGCUGCUUUCCUUUUCUUUUAUUGUAAACCAGAUCAUGAAAAUUGAUUUUAUGAACCGCACUUUCAGCUUAUUAUUGCCUUUGAACUUAACAGUGCAUUUAGAUUUAAGGAGAAAAUGGGAGACAUUUGUUUAUGUGCAUAAAUUUCUCAUUGAGUUUCAUAGUAGGAUACAAAAAAUGGAGAAAAUCUUUCUCAGGGUAAGAAAUUGCUACAAAAAUUGUGUUAAUCUAUUUCUAAGUCAGCCUAAUCUUGAUGGUGCCUAGCAUCAACUCAAGCGAGAAGUGAUAUCUAAGAAUACAUUUUCUUCACAAGGAAUUGUGAGACCACCCAUUGGAUGAUCAUACCCAAAUUCUUCCUCAGCUUGACUUAGCAAAUCUUGAAAUGAAGGCUGGUUCAAGUAUGAUAUAGGGAUCACAAACCGCUUCAUUUUAUCUCCAACGUAAACUGCAAGAUAACCCUUUGGCACUUCCACAGCUUUUGAAGAUGAAGUAAAUGAUGCCUUUCUUACGAUGCCGGAUAAACGAAAACCCAUUUUUGUAUGUGUUGAAGAAAGACUAGUUUUUCAAAUGACUUGUAAAUAAGAUGCAAGUAUUUUAGUUUCUUAUGCUUUAGGAUGUGAAUGACUUGUGUUGUUGCCAAAUGCUUGCAGCCAUGAACAUAUAUAUAUAUAGAUGAAGGAUAUGUAAUAAAAUGGGUAAUUGAAUGGUUGGUUGUGGAGGAAGGCUAUGAAAUGGGACCUAUUAGGAGACAAGGGCAUUUAAGAGGUCACAUGGUGUUGUCUUAGGGGAUUUUCUCAAACCUGUUAUAAGUACAUAAUUCAAAGUCUACCUUAUGAAGAGGAAGCCAACACAAAUUAGAUCAUGUUGUCUAUGGUUUGCGGAUUCCAAGAGAUAUGUUUCUAAAAAUCUGGUGUACUUGAAAAAUCAGGUUCAUAUUGGUUUGUGAGGAUGUGCCUAAGUUUGGUUGAGAGUUGUGGCCAUGGUUUACAGCUUUCAUUGUCAAUAGCGAUGUCUAUCUGAAGAAACAUGAGAUAUGUCUAUAGCAUGUCUGAUUCAGUAUCUUUAGUAUAACUACAAUGCUUGAACAAGCAUUAAUGUAGAUGUCUUUGAUUUGACAUGCAUAAUCUCUUCUUGGCAAUUAUGUCAGAAGGUGGGGUAUGAUGUAUGAACUCUCACUUAACUUUCAAGUCCCUGAAAGAGACCUCCAAGACAAUACCAUGUGAUCUCUUGUGAUCAUUUCACUUUGUAGACCCCAUUUUACAGCUUCAUCUGAAUUAUUUCUUCAGGAUGGCUACUAUAUAUACACUUCUUCUUGUGUUCUCAAACAACACAAAUCAAUUGCAUCUCCUCAAGUAUCAGUACUCACAUAUUUCUCUCAAUCAAAUCCUCCAAGAACAAUCUAUUUCUUUUUCUUUUGAACAACAAGAAGAAACAAUGGCAUUCCGCAUUCUAGGUAUUAGAAAGGCAUCACUUUCUGCAUCAAAAGGGACUAAUGUUCCAAAAGGCUAUCUUGCAGUCUAUGUAGGAGAUAAGAUGAGGCGGUUUGUGAUUCCUGUAUGUUACUUGAACCAGCCUUCAUUUCAAGGAUUACUAAACCAAGCAGAAGAAGAAUUCGGAUAUGAUCAUCCAACUGGUGGUCUCACAAUUCCAUGCUGUGAGGAUGAGUUCUUAAAUCUCACUUCUCAGUUGGGUGUCCAAUAAACAACUAACAGAGAUUGACAUAGAUUAGUUGAGACAAUUGUACAGAAGGCUCUUUUCACUUUGAAGAUUUUCCAUUUUGGUUUCUUCCUUGUAUAAUUCCUUUGAAAGUGUAAAAAUGUUAUAUGAAUGAGAAAGUUAUUACAUCUCAUUGUUAAAACUA